UGUGUAUGUGUGACACUGUGCGGCUAUAAUGUCAAAUAAUCCUACGGGCUAGCGCUAAGCCCGCAGGAAAAAACAUACCUAUAUUUUUAUUAAUGAAGUUCUAUUUAAUAAGUAAAAACUUGAUAAAACAAUUGAUUUUAAAAACUUUACAUUUAGAGUUUUGAAUCUGAAACUACUCAGACUACUCAGAGUGCUUGUGCUUAUAUUUUGGCUACAAACUUUGAAUCAAUAACCAACAAAUAUAUUAAUUAAACAGUGCAGUCCUAAACAGUGAUCUAAUGCAGAAAAUGAACACUUAUGAUGUUUGUGAUUAUGCUAUUGCUGAACUUGUUCCAGACCAUAUUUUAGAGAAUAUUUUUACAUUCUUGUGUUUACGCGAUCUUAAAAACUGUACAAUAGUCUGUAAAACUUGGUUUAGAAUAUUAAACGACGAAAACAAUGAUGUUUGGAGAAUACAUUGCCUUAAAAGAUUGGCUGAAGAAGUUAUGAAGUCAAAUUUACUCUCAAACUUAUCAACUUAUAAAUCAAAACUAAGGGCUUUCUAUCAUGCAUGGAGUCCUUAUGACUGUUCAAGGAACAUUUAUAUAAAACCCAAUGGAUUUACCUUACACAGGAACCCUGUUGCACAAAGUACCGAUGCAUGUCGUGGUAAGAUUGGGUUUUUUCGAGGUAGACAUUCCUGGGAAGUUAUAUGGGAAGGGCCACUUGGUACUGUUGCGGUAGUUGGGAUCUCUACUAAGGAAGCUGCUUUGCAAUGUCAAGGAUAUGUAGGGCUUCUCGGUUCAGAUGAACAAAGUUGGGGAUGGAAUUUAGUUGAUAACCAUUUAUUGCACAAUGGAGACACACAUGGCAGAUACCCUCUGUUAAAUAACCCUCCUAAAUAUCAAGUUGGAGAACGAAUAAGAGUAAUAUUGGACUGCGAAGGGCACACCUUAUCGUUUGAGAGAAAUUAUGAGUUUUUAGGUGUCGCUUUUAGAGGACUACCAUUGAGGAAAAAGCUAUACCCAACUGUGUCAGCAGUUUAUGGCAACACAGAAGUUUCUAUGGUCUAUGUAGGCGCGCCUGCGGAUGGCUGAUGAAACAAAUGGAAAAUUUCUAGCAAAUAACUAUUCCAAUGGACUAAAACUGGCAACAUGAAUUCAUGUUAAACCGAACAAGUGUGCUUUAGCUGGGGUUUUGCCUGAUAUUGGAAUAUGGAUAUGAUAGUCUAACAUCUGAGAGUGGUCGAGUUUGAGAAAAUAACUUGAAAUCUGGUUAAAUAAAGCUACGUAAUAUAAUGAAA